AUGGAGGAUCAAAGACCCAUUAUUCUUUGGUCCCAUCCGAGAUCUCUUUCUACAGUUUUCGAACGACCAUUUCUUCAAUGUCCUCAAGAAUUCCAUGUUAUCCAUGAAUCAAUUAAUCCAAUUAGUCGUGCAUAUGUGACCAAAAACUUAAAAUUUUUGAAUCAAAUUCUGUUACCUAAACCUACUGAUCCGAUCACCUUUGUACAUUAUUUCUCGCCUACUCUUAAUGAAAUUCUUGCCCCUCAUUACUAUGAUGAUGAUAAAACACAUACCUUAAGAGUUUUUGUGAAGGAUCAUACAUCCAAUUUUUUAGAUGCAUUAGAAGGAAAUCUAGAAGGAAAUCUAUUAGGAUCCAAGGAAAUUCUUUCAAAAUUUAAACAUACGUUCAUUAUUAGGAAUCCAGAAAAAUCCGUAAACACAGGAUUUGACAAAUCAAUCAAUAAUGAAGAAAUUGAAUAUCCUCAACAUGUUUAUGACUUAAUUGCUAAAAGCAAACCUCAUUAUGAAUACUUGUUUCAACAUAGAAUUAAGAUUUAG